UCAGUUGAACUGACUCAUUGAAAAGUGUCGGAAGUUCCUCGCGGGGGCGAGAGCGCGCGGCUUUUAUGUUGUAAUUUCAAACCGGAAAUCGUGUAGCAAAGCGUACACAUAGCAACGCAGAUAACGUUUCUGAGUCAAAUAAAUGACCGAUAUUCAGGGUGUGACGGUGUUCAAUGUCGGAGGUGCAGCACACGAGUUUUAAGAGUAAUAUUUUGCAGGAAACAUAAGCUUUGUGCAGCGUUAUGCCUCGACGAAAGAGGGUCGCCUGCAGCAGCUCUGACGGCACGGAGGAUUCGGAUUUCUCGGCCGAACACACGGACAGCUCGGAGAGCGACACUCACGCGGUGAAGACCACUCGGCUCACUCGCUCCUCACUCCGACUCAGCCGGAGCUCUCAAGCUCCAGUGGAGGUGGUGGAUUUUUCGGCGCGGCGUGUGACCCGUAGCCAGAGGCAGGAGGAGCCCAUUGCACCCAAAAAAUACCCUUUGCGCCAGAACCAGCCACAGAGCGAACCACACGGUGACCGGGCAUCGGAAGUGAAGCAGGACGAUUCUCCUCCCCGCACUCCCACAGGCCUGCUGCGCUCCUCAGAGUCUGACGCCGACAUCUCCAGUCCCAACGCCUCUCAGGACGAGAGACUGGCCAAAGAACUGAGCAUCAAAGAGUCAGGACACACCCAUCGGCCCAAACGCCGCCGCUUCCACGAGAGCUACAACUUCAACAUGAAGUGUCCCACACCGGGCUGUAAUUCACUCGGCCAUUUGACUGGAAAACACGAGAGACACUUUUCCAUCUCUGGCUGUCCGCUCUACCACAACCUGUCAGCCGACGAGUGCAAGGUGAAGGCCAGUUCUCGCGAUAAACCCGCGGAGGAGAGGACGCUGUCUCAGAGCCAGGACGAGAACCGCCACUCCACCCGCCAUCAGAUGAGGUACAAGGAGAAAGUGACGGAGAUGAGGAGGAAAAGAAACUCCACUGCAGUCAAGGAGCAGAAAGACAAAGAUGCUGACACCCAGAGCCCCAGCUGUAACCAUGAGCCUCUGCUGGAGAACAUUACGAGUGAUUAUGACCUGGAGCUGUUCAGAAAAGCGCAGGCACGUGCCUCGGAGGAUCUUGAGAAACUGCGUCUCCAGGGUCAGGUGACGGAGGGCAGUAACAUGAUCAAAACCAUCGUGUUCGGCUGUUACGAGCUGGACACCUGGUACCACUCGCCGUACCCAGAGGAGUACGCCCGCCUCGGCCGCCUCUACAUGUGCGAGUUCUGCCUCAAAUACAUGAAGAGUCAGACCAUCCUCAGACGACACAUGGCGAAGUGUGUGUGGAAGCAUCCCCCCGGAGAUGAGAUCUACAGGAAAGGAGCCAUCUCAGUUUUUGAAGUGGACGGCAAGAAAAACAAGAUUUACUGCCAGAACCUGUGUCUCCUGGCCAAGCUCUUCCUGGACCAUAAAACCCUGUAUUACGACGUGGAACCCUUUCUCUUUUACGUGAUGACCGAGGCGGACAACACGGGGUGUCACCUGGUGGGCUAUUUCUCCAAGGAGAAGAACUCCUUCCUGAACUAUAACGUGUCCUGCAUCCUGACCAUGCCCCAGUACAUGAGGCAGGGCUACGGCAAGAUGCUCAUCGACUUCAGUUACCUGUUGUCUAAGGUGGAGGAGAAAGUGGGUUCUCCUGAGCGUCCUCUAUCUGAUCUGGGUCUCAUUAGCUACAGGAGCUACUGGAAAGAAGUGCUGUUGCGCUACCUGCAUAACUUCCAGGGCAAAGAGGUCUCCAUUAAAGAGAUCAGCCAGGAAACAGCGGUGAAUCCCGUCGACAUCGUCAGCACGCUGCAGUCGCUUCAGAUGCUCAAGUACUGGAAAGGAAAGCACCUGGUCUUAAAGAGACAGGACCUGAUCGACGAAUGGAGGUCCAAAGAGCUGAAGCGGGGCAGCGGAAAGAUGAUCGACCCCGCAGCACUGAAAUGGAGUCCACCGAAAGGGACCUAAUGGCCAUGGGACACCUGUCCAGCACUCCUUUACUCGCACUGUAGUCACUGUUAGUGUCCGCAUAAGGAACUAGUGCACGCUUAGUCUCAAACGUGUCGCGUACAAAAAGCAUCGCUUCGGUGUUUUCCAGAUCCGCCUUCCUGCUGAAAAUCUCAGAUUAAUGCGUUUCCUGAGUAACUCCAGUACAGGAAGUCACCUCCGCGCUUUACAGGAACGGGGUCUGAGAAACGCCCAUCACCAGAUUUGCACUGGAUUCUUGCACCCUGUAGUUACAGUAACGUCGGCUGCCUGCGCUCGAAACUAAUGUUUGUUUCUGUCGCUGCUGAAGUCAGCAUGCUCUCUAAGCGAACCGUGUCUCACCCAAAUCCUGCUCCUUCAGUCACCAGAGUGAAACUUCAACCAUUUCCCAUUCUCCGUAAACGAUAUCCACCGAACUGUGUGAUGAUUUUAGACAUCACGUUAUUAUUAUUAGCUACGUUAACCUCGUAGCUCCAGUGCAAGGCUUAAAAAAAGCAGUGCAUUUUAUAUUAGAAUCGGAGGUGUGGCCAUGCACGUGCACAAUACAUCGUCAUUAACCAGGCUCCUCCCACAGCAUUACAUCAGUACUGAAACCCCUUUCAGUACAUUACAUCAGUACUGCAGAAGAAGAAGACUUUAUUUGCUGCGUGUUCAUAUACCAAGACGUUGGGGUCAAUACAUUCUCAGUACUGAAAUCACUUUCAGUACAUUUUUAUUACUGUAACGUAUAUUAUUGUCAGUACUCAAAGCCAUUUCAGUACAUUAUGUCAGUAAUGAAAGCAUUUAAUACAUUGUCAGUACUGAAAACCCUUUCAAGACAUUGUCAGUACUGAAACACUUUUCAGUACAUUUUCAGUAUUGAAAGCCUUUUCAAUAUAUUACGUCAGUGCUAAAAGCCUUUUCAAUACUUUGUUAGUACUGAAACCCCUUAUUAGUACAUUACGUCAGUACUGAAACCCUAUUUUCAGUUCAUUUCCAGCUAAACCCCGCCCAAAACUUCAGCACAUUAUUAUCGGUGACCAUGAGGAGCAGGAUGGGGGAAACACUGAUCUAGACGUACAGCCCGAAUUCUCGCUCUCUAGACACUGAUAGUAAUGUUUCUAGCCUAGGAACCUCUUCCUGACCGCUCUCAUCCGUGAUGUCCACCGUCUUCUCGGUCCUGCUUCUGCUGUACACUUCAGCGAGACUUCACGCUCUAACACACGAGGAUAACACGAGCAAAAAGACGCACAAAUCCAACUGUGCAGUUCCCUACGACAUUCCAAACGCUGUGUGUGUGUGUGUGUGUGUGAGAUCGGUGUGCGUCCUGAAGCGGCUGAGAUAUCCAACACACACCCAAUUCGCCUCAUCAGCUCGUUUAAACACCUUCACAAGAGUGCCGGUGCCGGAAAACUCCUGAAGUGUGCAGUACAGGUGCAGGAAUUGUGAUCGUCUACGCAUAGCUAAGAUGCUUCAACAGUUUAGAGCUACUCUAACAGUUUACGCUAAGGUUACGACAGAAAUAGCAGCUAAACACACCGUAAAUGUGAACGAUGGUAGAAGAAAAACAUGGAACUUCAGCCGCCACUCACUGUCCGAUCCUGUUACUCAAAAGAGACUCGAGUCAGAAAUAAAAUAUCCACAGCUUCCCUUCCACCUCAGAAUCGCGAUCGGCUAAUUAAUGCGCGAAGCUCAGGUGAUUAGCACACUGUUCAUCAGUGACCUUAUGGUGACGUAGCAUAGCGUAUUUUUAUAGCUGAUCUGGUGUAAAAGGGACGAGGUGGACGCUUUAUUUCAGCUCCAGCUCUCUAAUUUAACGUUUAUUCGCUUUAUUAGGGUGUGUGUGUUAGUGAGAGAGUGUGUGUGUGUGUGUGUGUGUGUGUGUGUGUGUGUGUGUGUGUGUGUGUGAGAGAGAGAGAGAGAGAGUGUGUGUGUGUGUGUGUGUGUGUGUGUGUGAGAGAGAGAUUGCGAGAAAGAUGGAUCUAAGCUCCUGUUUGGUACCUUGGUUUUGUUUCUGGUCACUAAAAGGUACUGAGUUGAUUUAUAGCAGUCUAUCAGUAUCAGGCUGAUAUCCUGAUCAUUUAAAAGAAUUCUAUCUAAUAAAUUGAUCUCGCUCAAAUUCUGAAUUUAGUGAAUUGUACAGGAGUCGUACCAAAUGACCCGCACUUGGAAUCCGUUUAUUUUAUUAGAAUUGACCAGAAUGUUUUAUUCCUGGACAAAAAAAGGACAAAAAAAAAUUUGCACCUGCUUUGUAAGCUAAUGAGUUACGCGUCAGGUUUUAUACACUCUGAUAUAACUCUGAUCUCCUGAGCCGUUUAUGUCCUAGGACAGGUGUGUGUGUGUGAGAGUGUGUGUGUGUGUUUGUGUGUGUGAGAGAGAGUGAGGAGUGUUUGUGUGUGUGUGUGUGUGUGUGUGUGUGUUUGUGUGUGUGUGUGAGUGUGUGUUUGUGUGUGUGUGUGAGUGUGUGUGUGUGUUUGUGUGUGUGAGAGAGAGUGAGGAGUGUUUGUGUGUGUGUGUGUGUGUGUGAGAGAGUGUGAGGAGUUUGUGUGUGUGUGUGUUUGUGUGUGUGAGAGAGUGUGAGGAGUGUGUGUGGGAGAGUGUGAGGAGUGUGUGUGUGUGUGUGUGUGUGUGUGUGUGUGUGUGUGAGUGUGUGUGUAUUUGUGUGUGUGAGAGAGAGUGAGGAGUGUUUGUGUGUGUGUGUGUGUGUGUGUGAGAGAGUGUGAGGAGUGUGUGUGUGUGUGUUUGUGUGUGUGAGAGAGUGUGAGGAGUGUGUGUGUGUGUGUGUGUGUGUGUGGGAGAGUGUGAGGAGUGUGUGUGUGUGUGUGUGUGUGUGUGUGUGUGUGUGUGGGAGAGAGAGAGAGAGAAGAGAAUAAAA